UCCUCCUCGCGCUCCAGGGGUGUGGUAUAUAGUUUCCGAAGAGAAGUAGAACGCUUCCAGAAAUUCUAGAAGUCAUUCGGGGUUAGACGUGAAGACUAUCUUUGCUUUGUAUUAAAGAUGGCGUUGGAAAUGUAUUUAGACCUUUUCUCACAGCCAUGUCGCUCGGUGUAUAUCUUUGCCAAGAAGAACAACAUUUCUUUUGAUUUUAUGAAGGUUUCGCUUUUGGAAGGAGAGCAGUAUGGAGAAGAGUUUGGGAAGAUCAACAUGAUCAGGAAAGCUCCUGCAAUCCGAGACGGAGACUUCUGCUUGGCUGAAAGCAUUGCCAUCAUGAAGUAUCUGGCAGAGAAGUACCAGACCUCAGACCACUGGUAUCCAGCCGAUCUGCAAAAGCGUGCCCGUGUCAAUGAAUACCUGUCCUGGCAGCACAUGGGCAUACGUAUGCAUGGCUCAAAGAUGUUUUGGCUCAGGCUCUUGAUUCCAAAGAUCAUGGGUGUGGAGGUCCCCAAGGACAAGAUGGAUGGAGCCCUGGAGGACCUGGAAGGCUCUCUGAAACUCAUUGAAGAAAAGUUCAUUGGGGACAAGCCCUUUAUCGCAGGAGAGCAGAUCUCCUUGGCCGACCUGGUGGCCAUUGUUGAGAUCAUGCAGCCUAUCGGUUCCGGUUUGGAUGUGUUUGAGGGGAGACUUAAGCUAAGUGCCUGGCGAGACAGGGUUCAGGCGGAGAUCGGGAAGGAGCUGUUCGAUGAGGCUCACCAGGGGAUUCUUGCGUCCCAGGAAAUGGUCAAGAAUAUGGACAGCAGCAAGCUGCAGAUCUUCAAACCCAAGAUUUUGAGAUUAUUCCUCUGAAUGCUCCAAUGACCGUGUAGAGGAAUUCAAAUUAAGCUGGUCCUCAGAGAAAUAAUCAAUCUGUUAUUUAGCCACUAUGCAGCAUGUAACAUAACAGUGUAACAUAAUAACAAAAACAUCUACAUUUCCUCUAUGGAAAACAUUUCCUGUUAGUGCCAAUUACAUACAUGAUUUCUUUAUUCUAAUGUUCUAAAAAGAUGUAUAUUUACCGUUCACUGUUUUUGACUGAAUAACGUAUUGAAUUCAGACGACCAGGUUUAACGUUUGCAAACAAUAUAUUAUCCGUUUCAAAGUUGA